AUGUCUGUAGCCGAGUAUGCGGCGAAGUUUCAGGAGCUGUCUAGGUUUUGUCCCUACAUCAAUCUUGAGGAUGCUAUGGUUUCGAAGCGUGUGAAGUUUGAGAGUGGACUUGGGCCGGAUAUCUAUCAGUACAUGUGUGCACAUAAGGAUAAGAGAGGAAAGAGUCAUGGAUUUGGAAAGCCGUAUAACAAGGAUAAGGGAAAGAAGAGAGAAUCUGGUGGAGACUCUAAGGCGAGUUUGGAGGAUGUCAGAUUCUUCAAGUGUGGGACUUUGGGUCAUUAUGCUAAUGAUUGCAAGAAGGGUGAUAAAUGUUUCAGGUGUGGACAAGCAGGUCACAAGUCGGCUGAUUGCAAGAAGGAGAUCACUUGUUAUAAUUGUGGAGAGAAGGGCCAUAUUAGUACCAAGUGUACCAAGCCGAAUAAGGUAACGGGAAAAGUGUUUGCUUUGAAUUCAGAGGAGGUGGAGCAACCGCAUAAUCUUAUCCGAGGAAAGUAA